AUGGAUCCUUCACCAUCAUCGCCUACAGCCGCCGCCGCAGCAGCAGCAACUAGCAACACUGAGGAGAGUUAUGUGGAAGAUCGGAAGAAACGGCGAGGUUUGGUAUCAUUGAGUUUAUUCUUCCCCGUUGUUGAUGAUUUGACGAUGAUCCAAUGGAUAGGGGUGGGUUCUAUCGCAGCCGGUGUGCUCGGAGGCAUCACCAAGAUUGUGAUGAGUUAUCCUCUUGUAGUUGCAGUAGUGGUAGGCGUAGUUAUCAUGGUGGUGGGGAUGUAUUGCAAGGUUCGCUCCGAAGGACUGCUAGUAUAUCUACCAGAAGGCCUACAGAAUCUUCUCUUACACUCGUCAGCGUUUGAUUUGAUGGUCGAUCGCCGAGGCGUCACCAAGUUUUCGAGGCUUAUGCAAAGAUUGAUAUUCAUUGCAUUCAACCCUCAACUAUCAAGUGAUUCCUUACGAGACUGUCUCAUGGGAAUGGAUGAGGACUUUCUAGAGAAGAUGCUCCAACCAGGACUGGCCCAUCUGCUCCCUCGUAAAAUACAGAGAGCAUUGAUGCCUCCGUCGCGAAUAAGCGAUCGGUAUAUGGCACCAGCGGGCCUCCCAGCUGUUCGCAUUGAUAGAAGGAUGGCUGGCGAUAUAAUUGAGUGA